AUGGCUGCGUCUAGCAAUAAGUUUCUGGGCACAGGUUUAGACGAUGUAAGCGUGCCUGGACAACAUUUUCUUCGAGACGCAUUGACCAGUUGUACUGAUCCACUAAAAGCUAUUGAAGAGUUUCAAUUAGAAAAUGGAAUUUUACUUCCCUCACUACGGCCAAUGCUGCCACUCCUCGAUCUCCAUGGAGUUCGUCGUCUCGAUUUUCAUACCUCUGUUCUUGAAGAGCUUCGGGAUAAAAUGAUCGAACAUAUAAAUACACUUGGUAAAAAGGAUGGUAAAGGCAACGAGAAAAAACUUAAAGAACUGCUUGCAAAAAGUUUCCCUGUUAUUAAGCUUAAAGUGCUGAGACCAGUCAUUAUGAGCAUUCUCAAGAAUAUAACUCAUAUUGACGAUAAAUACUUAAAAGUUUUAGUCCGCGAUAGAGAAUUGUACAAUGAUACUGAUACAGAAGUUAAAAGGCAGAUCUGGCAAGAUAAUCAGUCACUUUUUGGUGAUGAAGUCUCACCAUUACUUAGUUUAUACAUCCGAGAGAAGGAGAAUGUGUUAUUUGACCAUGAAAAUAUGGCGCAUCUAUUCUUUUCAUCAUCACCCAAGCUACGUAGAAAGGGUAAUGUUGUUCAGAAACUUGCUCAUAUGGUAGGCACAAAUGUGAAACUCUAUGAUAUGGUGUUGCAGUUUUUGAGAACACUGUUUCUACGGACCAAAAAUAUUCAUUAUUGUACAUUAAGGGCAGAACUUCUCAUGACGUUGCAUGAUGCUGAAAAUCAUCCAAUUAUUUCAGCAGAUCCAUGUCAUAAGUUUACUUGGUGCUUAGAUGCUUGUAUUAGAGUAAAGAAUGUAGAUGUCAAACGAUCUCGUGAAUUGCAAGGCUUUUUAGAUGGAGUGAAGAAAGGCACAGAACAAAUAUUAGGUGAUCUUUCUAUGACACUUUGUGACCCCUACGCUGUUAAUUUCUUGGCAAGUUCAGCUAUAAAAAUUCUUCAUCAUCUUAUUAAUACUGAAGGAUUACCCAGAGAUAAUGGAAUUUUAAUACUCUUGCUGAGAAUGUUAGCGCUAGGUUUAGGUUCAUGGGACAUUAUAAAUACUCAGCAAUUUAAGGAACCUAAACUGGAUAGUCAAGUGGUUACAAAGUAUUUGCCAGCCUUAAUGUCGCUAAUGGUAGACGAUCAGGUAAGAGCCCUACACAAUAAAUUACCUCCAGAUGAAAGGGAGUCUGCUAUAACCACUAUUGAACAUUCUGGACCACCACCCGACGCUUGUGAAGCUUACAUGAGAGAAAGUGUGGUAUGCAGUGUUCUAGCAAUGUAUUAUACUCUACAUGCAGCAAAAACAAGAGACAGAGGGGCAUUGCUUAGGAUACUAAGUAUACUCGGUAGCUGUAAAAAUGGACUGGCAUAUUCAGAUCCGUUCCUGCAUCAACUAGUUGCUCUACUUAUACAGUUUCCCGAUGAAUUCCAAGGUGAAGACUUUAGUACAGUAUUAUUUGAUGAAUUCUUUUUCGCCGGCCUCUCACAAGACAAUGUUACGCGGCAUUUGUUGAAAUUGAUAUGGUACAUUCAUCCUAAAUUACCUGAGACUAGAAUACACACACUUAUGAAAGCUUUACAACCGGGAACUCAACAUAAUGAGGCGGUUCAUAAGGUUUAUGAAGCACUGCAGCAGAAGUUGACUUCACAAACAGAGCCAAUUCCAGCUGCUACUGAAAUGGACUAUCUAGAUUCACCGUUAAUGAGUGUACCUAUGCCAAGUCCCUCUCCAUAUAUGUAA